AUGGCUUGGGGCAAUUUUUUCACACACAUCUCCUUUCAUAUCUUCCCUCACAGGCAUAUAGUAGUAUGCGGUCACAUCACGUACGACAGCGUUGCCAACUUCUUGAAAGACUUUCUCCACAAAGACAGGGACGAUGUCAACGUCGAGAUCAUCAUCCUUGACACUGCUGUCCCAGAUCUAGAACUUCAAGCUUUGUUCAAGAGGCAUUUCACCCAACUUCAAUACUUCCAGGGAUCUGUCCUCAACUCAGUGGAUCUAGAGAGAGUUAAGAUGAAAGAUGCAGAUGGAUGUCUGGUUCUGUGUGACAAGUACUGCCCUGACCCAGAUGCAGAGGAUGCAGCCAACAUCAUGAGGGUCAUCUCCGUCAAGAACUACCACCCCCAUAUCAGGGUCAUUGUACAGCUUAUGCAAUACCACAACAAGGCCCAUCUCCUCAACAUCCCCAGCUGGAACUGGCGCGAGGGAGACGACGUAAUCUGCAUCGCGGAGCUCAAGCUGGGCUUCAUCGCUCAGAGCUGUCUCGCCCCCGGAUUCUCCUCGAUCAUGGCCAACCUCUUCGCCAUGCGCUCCAACAGCGAGAUUGAAUCAGCCUCUAAGAAUUUUUCGCCGACUCCUAUCCCGAAAACCCCCUCCGGUUAUCACUAUAUCAAUACCGAAGAUGAAUCCAGCCUAUUGGCAGCGCCCACUGGUGAAGCUCAGCAAGUACCCAGGGGAUCAUGGCAAAGUAACUACCUGGAAGGAUGCGGGAAUGAGAUGUAUACAGAGUAUCUUUCUAAAUCCUUUACUGGACUAAGCUUUCCAGAAGUUACACAAAUUUGCUUCCAGAAGCUGAAGCUGCUAAUCAUUGCUGUGGAGGCAAACAUUGAUACAGUCGAGAGUGUCAUUGCUAUCAAUCCCGGCCCUCAUGUCCGUGUCCAGGAAGGAACUCUGGGAUUCUUCGUCGCCCCAUCAGCUCAGGAGGUCAAAAGGGCCUACUUCUACUGCAAGUCGUGUCACGAGGAUGUUGUUGAUGUAGAUAAGAUCAAGCAAUGUGGCUGCGAUAAUGCGGACUACCUCAACAGACGACGCAUUUCCUCGGUCCGCAAAAACCGAAUUUUCGGCGGCCAUAAGAAGAAGAAGCAGCACCCGCCAACUUCUUCAACAGUGUCCCCUACUAAUGGCGACCCUUGCCCCCCCUCUCUCCAUGUGUCCUUUUCUGCCACUGAAUCUUCUGUAGUCACGACUACCGUUCCCGCAGCAUCCAACGGGGAAAACAUACCUAUGCAAGAACACACCCCGACCAUGGAUGAAUCUACCUCAAACACAGAUUCAAAUAAUGCACCCCUGAUACCAACCCAGCCUACAAGACAGAAGAAAUCAUCAUCGCCAGAGCCUGAGAACACAGCUCUUGCUGUUCCAUCCAACCUUGGCGCUGGAGGCAAAAAUGGCAUGCAAGUACAAGAAAGUAGUUAUUUGUCUCAGAGAAAACCGUUAUCAAGGACCGGUGGUUGCCCACGCCCCAGUGUGGGGUCGCUGGGUCAACUCGUUCUUAAGCUGAAAUAUGCCAAUGGCAACCUAGACAGGACCAAAAAGCUGAUACAGCAUUGGGUCGGUCCACACCAGAAGAGGCGUGAAUCGGCCAAUCAGAUUCAGGAGCAAGAAGAUGUGGUCGAGUUUGACUGCACAGGGAUGUUCCACUGGGCUCCAGAAAAAUCAUUGGAGGAAGCCACCAUUGAUCGGACACAGGCUCACAAAGUGGCUCUGACGUCACACGUGGUGGUGUGCUUGUUUGGUGACAAGGGUUCACCAAUCAUCGGGCUGCGCAACUUCGUGAUGCCUCUCAGGGCGAGCAACUUCCAUUUCGAAGAACUCAAGACGAUAGUCUUACUGGGUAACAUAGACUACAUCAAGCGAGAGUGGGAGACCUUCAAGAACUUCCCCAAAGUUUUCGUCCUCAAUGGGUCACCACUGAGCAGAGCGGACCUGCGAGCCGUCAACGUCAACCAAUGCGACAUGUGCGUGAUCCUCUCAGCCAGCAGGAACAGCCUGGACGACCAGAGCCUCCAGGACAAGGAGACCAUCCUGGCCUCCCUCAACAUCAAGGCCAUGACCUUCGACGACUCCGUCGGUCUCACCAAGGCGGGCCUACAAGGUUGGAACAACCAAAUGCUAUCGUCGACGGGUUUCAGCAAGAAGGAGGACAAGGACAAGGAUGUCAAUGAGGGCAAUGAUGAUGAUGAUGAUGAUAGUAGGGAGGAUGUUUUCGAGGAUGGUGGGGAUACUGAUCUGCAAGGUAUCAUGCCGAUGAGUCUAUCACCUCUACAUACGAGGAGUUCAGAGGUCACAAGACGAGGAUCAGCUGUAGGAGCUAAUGUACCUAUGAUCACAGAGUUAGUGAAUGAUUCCAAUGUGCAGUUCUUGGACCAAGAUGAUGAUGAUGACCCAGACACAGAGCUUUACCUGACCCAGCCAUUUGCUUGCGGUACAGCAUUCGCUGUCAGUGUACUGGAUUCACUCAUGAGUGCUACGUACUUCAAUGACAACGCCCUAACCCUGAUCAGGACCCUGAUCACGGGAGGGGCUACCCCAGAGCUGGAACAGAUCCUAGCUGAGGGAGGUGGUAUGAAGCCGGGCCAGAACAACGUAGAACUCCUGGCCAACAGGGAUCGAUGCAAGGCUGCACAGCUGCCCCUCUUUGAGGGACCAUUCUCACAAUAUGGGAAUGGAGGCAUGUACGGAGACCUAUUUGUGGAUGCGAUCAAAAACUAUGGCAUCCUGUGCUUUGGCAUCUACCGAUUCCGAGACAGCUCGGCCUCGACCAGCACCCCAUCUUCCAAGCGCUACACCAUCACCAACCCGCCCUUUGAGUUCCCUCUCCUCUCGACCGACCUCGUCUUCUGCCUGAUGCACUACAACCCCAUCCCACCCAGCGCCAGCGCCAAGUCCAGUGCUUUCAAGAAGAAGAAGCCACGCAAGCCCAAGGACGAGAAAACCGUCAAGGAACAACCGGAGAAAGAGAAGCCUUCGGAGAGACUCCUGGACAGACCCAGAGAACCAGAGAGGCUAGUAGCAUCCAUCACUCAGGCCCCUACCAGCCCCGCCCUAUCAUCAGUACCCCUCCCGUCAUCGAUCCCAGUCAUCCCCCCUAUCGAGCCCCAAAGGAACGGGUCGCACCAGCCCGAUAACCGUGAUUCCGAAGCCGUGACGCCGCCCGCCAACGGUAACGGUCACGGUACGCCGAUCAUUGUCGUGCCCGCGUCCUCGUCUCCAUGUUAGGAACAGAGGAAUGUAUUCAGGGAACCUAAGCAGAGAGCUUGGAAGGGAGAAGAAGUGUAACUUCAGUCGGGUGUCAGGCUAGUACAUGCACUCCAUCGUUGUGUUAAGACUUUGUGUAGUCGCACCCAAGGAAAACGAUUAGGGUAGUGCCAUCUGAUUGGGGGAAAACCCUGAUACUAUUCAGUGUGCAAAGAAAAUGCAAGGUACAUUUAAACAGGGUCCAACGGGACUUUCACACUAUGUUAUGAUGAAUGUAUAGUCACUGUACAUCUAGAAAAGAAAAAGCAUAUGUAAGAUGUAUCUUGAUCUAUGAUUUGAAAAAAAUCCAGACUGUAUAAAUCAGGAUUAAGAACAAGGGUAUUAACAUGCUUGAGGUUGGUAUAAACGAUAGGGCCGAUCUCAUUGCUCAUAGGUCAAUUAAGGAAGUGGUUGAGCGGCGAUCUUCAUUGGGAUUGGAAAGAGAGUGGGGCUCCCUACAAAAUAUUUUUGCAAUAUUUGAGAUUCACCAUUGAAACUGGACACCUUUCAAUUCAUUUGAGAGCUGACGUGUAACUGUCGUGUAUCAAAGCACUGCCAGUUCUCUGCCUGAUUUACUUCUAGAUCCACUCUACUUAAUUUAGGGAUGUAAGUAGCUUUAAAAUAUAUUUUAAAAAUUUCAUAACUAAAGUAUGAGUUACUACCGAUUCAGUACAGUACAUUCUCAAAUACUUGAUGGAGCUAUGGUUUGGGCGAUAUUUUCCAAAGAAUUUUUGAAGCGCAUCAAGCGGUUAGAUCAUGAUGCGAAUAAUGCGCUUGACACAUGUAAACAGAAUUUUAUCUUCAUUACUAUCAAACAUAGAAAAUAGCUGCUCAUAUACCUUUGAUAUUUGGUCUUGUGAUAAACACUGCAAGUCACAUACAUGUAUUUUACUCAGUGAUCAAUGCUAUUCAAUGCAGAGCUGCAAAUGCAUUGUAGUUAUUAGAAUGCGGUACAUUAAACCACACAUUAUUUGUUAUGAUUGGGACUGAUAUGGAAAAAAACAUCUACCAUUUGUUAUUCAACAUGUGUGCAUGAGUGUCACUGCAAGCUGUACCUGGAUUUUAAUACCAUGAAGGCAAGUACACGACACAUCGAGCCAAUUAUGAAAGUAAAACACCAAUAAUCAUUAUUUACAAAUGAAUAUACUGGUAUAUAAAUGAAUUAGUUAUUAUAAAUCUUCAAUCAGUAUUCACUCUUUCAAAUGCAUCAGUGAAUAAAUAAACUAUCAAUAUAUAACAAUACAAAUGAAUUCUAUGAUAUAUACAUGUACAUAGGUAUAUAUUUGAAAUGUUUUACACAAUAAUAUUUUUAAUCAUAUACAGUAGAAGAAUGAAUAUUAAAUGUCUUGUUAUGAAAUUUAUAUAAAAUGUAGCCAAAAACAGGGAGUUUGAGCAUUAAAGAUAUUGUUCAUUCAUUUUUAAAAUGGACAAACAUGUUCAAUACUUAGAUACAAUUAUUCCUUUUUAUUUACAAGAUUUGGAUUUUUCUUUUCUUUUCUAAUUUACCGGCAUUUAUUAUUCCUUCUAAUUAACUGUUUGAUUUGCGCAUUUCUUCUAUAUGUAUAUUUCAGUGACCUUUUUUUUCAAGAAGUAAAAUAACAAAACAAAGCCACAUAUGUAAAGUACUGUAUCUGCAGUACUAAGCUUGGUUUAAAAUUCCCUUUUUUCCAUCUAAGAGAAUUGGAAUCUAAUUGAAGUUGUUGUAACAGUACUUGUUUUUGAAAGUAUUAGAGAUGUUAAUCUUGACCGGUAAAAAAAAAGAAGACAAGAAAGAAUAAAAAACUUAAAAGGCUUUUUUUGUUCUCCUGUCUUUUACAUUUUAAGAAAGAGGUCAGAUAAAUGUACAUUACAUAAUUGGGUUGAAAUAAGUAGAAAAUUAAAUUUCUUGGGCUCAUCCCAGUAUGAAAUUACAAAACUAAGUUUGGUUUAGUGUUCUAUUUCGUAAUAAAUUCUUUUCUUGAUUUUAGUUUUCUCAUUAUCAUAUUUAUGAUUAUUAAUAUUAUUUGGGCGGGGGGUUUCACUUUUUCUUUUUUCAUAUUUUCUCUCCGGUGUUUUAUGAUUAUACAUUUCAUUUAUAAGCAUCAUUUUACUUUUUUUUGUUGGGCUAAUUCACAGGUUAAAUGACUGCAUACAUACUUGAAUCUGCACAUUUAUUCCUGUUAUGGCUUGUAUGAGGUCUUCCUGAUGUACACAUAUCGCAAAGAAAAGAAACACAAGAAAGACACGCUUUGAGAAUUUUCCGAAAAAUUUCAUUUUACUUUUAGCUUUACUAUGUGCAAAGAUUGAACCUUGUGAAUCACUUGUUAUCAAAUGUCUGUUAUAUUUCAGUGAACCAAAGAUUUAAUACUUAUUCUUUAUGAAAAAAUUGCUUUAUGUGUAGUGUGUAGUGAGGAUUGAAUUUUAUCCAUUUGUCAGAUGUGUUAAGCCAUCACUUUGUUUUAUGUGUAUAGAGAACUAUUCAUUGCCGAUUUGAGUUUCCUCUUGAAAUUAUUUGUGAGUGUGUGCAUAGUUUGUAUUUUUCAUCAUAGCUUAGAACCUGUAGCCAUUUCCAAGGGGAAUUUUAUCAAUUGAAUUAGAUUAAUAUAAGUGUUCCAUUUUUAUUCAGUUUAAUUAACAUUAUAAUAUAGAUGAAGACAACUAAGGAUUAUGUCUCAGAGACUAACACAUAACUCUGUACAUCUAAAGAAAAAAUAAGCAGAGCUAGCAGAAUAUUAUUUCCAAAAAUACAAAAAUUUGACAUUUUAAAGGGACCAGAACUACGAAGUUGUAUUAAACAGAAGAGAAUUUCAGAUAUUUCACCUUAAAAGGAUUGAUAGAAAUUAAUGUCUGCAUCAAACUGCAGAAGGAAUACGAUUCAUAAAUGCUUCAAAAUUUUGUGUUGCCUUAUAUUUGACGGCGUUAAGUCACUUUAUUUUUUUGAUGAAAAGGAAGAACCAGUUCAUAUUGUAGAAUAUCAAUCAAAUUACUGGUACAGGCAUUUCUCCAACAUAUGGAGUGGUUAUACAUUUGCAUAUAGUUUACUAAAUACAGGAACGUGGAAAUACAUGUAUCUGUCCAAGGAAUAAUACAUGACAAGAUGUGUUUGCAUUUUGAUUUGUGUAUCCUUUUCUUGCAGUGUAACCAGAAAACAAUAUCUGUCACUCAGUCUCUGUGCAAGAAAAACAGUCUUUCUCGUAGUCAACCUUUGCAAUUUGAUUGAAGUAUUUUAAUUAUUUAUUUCAUUUAGCUCAAUACUAGCCGACAUUAUAGUUUACCGGUAGGGUUAUUUCUUGACUUUCUGUUAUAAAGUCCGUCAUUGGAACAUAUUAUCUAUCCGUGGCCAGUGCAAGCAUUUGAACAUUUCUGAACUAUGUAUAAUUGUAUAAAGAUGUUAAAUUAUGGUGAUUUAAUUUUCUUAUGAUUCAUUGUAAAAAUUAACAAAAGACUUGUAUUAUUUGUAAAAAGCUAUACAAAUUUGCAUUAUUUUUUUGCUGGGUGAAGCGCAUGUUUGGUCGCAGAUAUAUGAUUUCUGUGAAUUCUUGGACAUUACUUGGAGGAGAGUAGAGGAUUUUUGUGAUGAGAAAGAAUAUGAUUGUUGAUAUGUAAAUAUGAGAUCAAUUAGAAUUAUUAUUAAAUUCAUUAUGUAUUAACAAAAGUACUGAUAUAUGCACUAAAGUAUGUAUUUCAUCAUAUAAUCCCUAAAUAUUUUAUGAUAAUCCUAGAUAGAUGAUUGAAAGGAGGAAUACCCUAAAAUAUGUGUAUGAAAAUCAAAAGAAAGUACAGUAUAUCUUAGGCUUGUGUGGUAUAUAAAAACAUGAGUAUGAUAAAAUAGUCUUGUGCAACUCAACAUUUAAACAUACCUCUAUUUAUCAAACUACAAUACUUGAUAAGUACAGUAUAUGCAUAUACCAUCCGUCUGUAUUUGAGGAGUAUAUACUUAAUUUAUUACUCAGUAAAUAUUUCUUUGAAACUUACAUAACACAUAUUAAUGUAAUCAUAUAUUUAGCAAGAAAUCGUUGUCUCUGAUAUUGCUGAUCAUUUCCCCCAAAAAAUACAAUAGCAUUUUGUUUUAGUUUGCCUAUAAAGGCUCAUAACACCCAAAUAAACAGAAACUGUUUCACUUUUUAAUUUAAAACAUGAACAAUCUGAAUUUCAUAUUAAAAACUUUCAAAUCCAAUUAAUCCAGUAUUAUGCUAAAUUAAAGAAGAACAAAAAUCAAAAACCACUAAAAAAGGUAAUAAUACAGAGAAUUUAUUGAUUAAGCAUAUCGAUGCAUGUGAAUGGUGAGUAAUCAUAAUCCCCUACUUUGUAAAAAAAAAGGAAAAAAAGAAGCAGCUUUCCUUGUUAAAGGGAUACUGCCACCAGUGGUGUAGUCCACGUUUUGUGCAAAAGACCGCUAUAGGAGAUAACCAUUCCCCUUUGUAUUGGUAAAGUUAUUCAUAAUGCAAAUAAUCCGGUGCCUGGCAAGAGAAUACCCCCUGCUAGUAACUCCAUGGUAUUAGGGAUUCCCUUAACAAUGCCCUUCUGCUGGGCACAAUUGAAAGAUACAUAGACAUCAUAGCAAAUAUGACGCUGGAUGAAGUUGCACCGGGUUUAAGGGAUAGACUAACAAUGGAUUAUGCAUCUGGGAUUAGGAUUAUCUUUAAUCCCUUGGGGAUUAGGAUUAACAGUUUUUAAAACUAUUACAGUUAUGUUGCUUUCUUGUUUGUGUGCUGUGUGUAAAGUAUUAAUCCAAGAUUUUGAAUCUUUUUAUGUUCACGGACAAAUUUCUAGUACAAGGUAAAUGGCCUCUUCGUCAACAUGCUUGUACUUAAUGUUCUAUUUUUGCGUAAGAACA